AUGCCAGUCUGCGGCUCCUCCCACAUCCGCAAGGAAGCGGCGGAGAAAGCGCAUCUCUCUGCCGGCAUCCAAAUCGGUCCUUUCCAGGAUUCUCGUCCACAAUCCUCCCAGCCCACCAUCACAUCCGCCGUGGCUGCCGAUCCUACCUUACCGCCAUCCGAAGCAGCCAAGCAUCUCUUUUCUACGCCACCCGCUGCAAAACGCGGUCUCAUUCGCUUCAAGAUCAAAGAGCAGCUCGAAGAAGGUCGUGGCAAACACUGGGUCUGGGACAAAGGUGCUGUUCACCACGGCAACAGAGAGCCAGAUGACCAAGAGCUGCAACGCGUUCGACAUCGGUUUGGGUACAAGUCCGAGGCUGAGGGUGGACCGUCUCGUCUUUAUCUCAUGAUUUUGGCUGAUUGCUUGCUGCCGUUGCCCAGGAAUCCAAUGUCGGGUGUUGUUUCGCCUCCGUUGUUGGCCACGACGGGGAUUGUACCGCUGUCCAUCUUCUCCACCGGUCCAGAUAUCAUUGGCCAUUAUUACGACUGUAUCGUUGCAGCUCGAAGGGAAGUGAUUCUGCUCACCAACUACUGGCAAGGAGGAAAAAACGUCGAUCGUAUCGCUCAAGCUUUGCGUGAACUCAACAGUCGUGUUCAAAAACGUCGUAAACGUCGUGCGCUCGAAGCACGUCGCAAGGGCCAAAUCACCACCACCACCACCACCACCACCACCACCACCAGCCCAGCCGUAAAUCCAUCUACCACACCGCAAGCAGAGAAAGCCUCCAAACAACAAGACGACCUACUCGCCAGCCAAGGCGCACCAGGCUCUCUCACUCGCGCCGAAAAGGACCACGACCUUGAUGACGACCAAGACAUCGAACUAGGUCCACCGGCAGAAGAAGACCGUGUCGUAGUCAAACUUAUGUGGGAUCGAGGUCCGCAAACUCUGGCCGAUCUGUUUCGACUCCGUAAACCCGUCCCUGCUGGUAUGUGGGAGACGAAUGGACUGCCCACCGAAUCCGAAAUUCCAAAUCUUACCAUGGAGAUCCUCAACUACCAUCGACCACUUAUGGGUACUUUUCAUGCCAAACUGCUCAUCGUCGACCGCCAAGUAGCAUUGAUCAACUCGAACAACAUUCAAGACCGACCUAACAUCGAAGCCUGUAUCAGGUUGGAAGGUGAUAUUGUCAACUCUGUCUAUGAUCAUGCACUCAUCUCAUGGGGGAACCGACUCCAGCCUCCAUUGCCUUGUCUUACCGCUCCCGCACCGGUAGCGCCAAGUCCAGCUGCGUUUAUGGCAGGAGACGAGAGUACACUGCCGAGUCUGACGGUGGAAAAGCUCAAACAGCUGGCACUAAACGUAAGGCAGACGUUGCACGACGAGGAUACAGCUACCGAAGUGGAGAAGGAGAGGAGCUUGCAGAGCCCAAUCACGUUUCAUUUCGGUGAUAAGAUGGAUCAGAUCAUGCGUCGGGACUCUUUUGCAACCAGAGGUGCGCAAUCGCCUGAUGGAGAAGGCCAUGGAGUGGAUGGAGAGAAAGCAGCAAGAAACGCAGGUGCUUUAUGGGCGCAAAAAGUUCUAGGCGAACGUUUUCAUCAUUUCCAACACGCUACCAACAAAACAUCCGAAGCUGGACCGCCUGCACCAGGCCAAAUCGAAAGAUCAGAAUCAGUUCCACCCGCCGCUCCAACACGAGAACGAAAACACCUCGCAGACGUAGUAGAGGCACUCAUGAUGAAAGAAGGUCACAAACCCCCCGCCUGGGCUGAAGGAGCACUGGAAGUCUUUGGUCUAGGUCAAAGCUCCUCUAAGAAUGUGGCCGAGGAAGUUAGAAGGAAUCCAAGACCAAAGACAACGUUGGCUAGUGGUGCGAAUAUUCCAACGGCGGUGGAGGAAGCGGAAGAGGAUGGAGAUUGGAAGAGAAGUUUAGAGGUGGAUCAGGACAGUUUGGCGAGGAGCCAUACAGCGGUUGGGGAAGAAGGGGAGAGUGUGGAAGGUGGUGGUGGUGAUGGUAGUGUUGUUAGUGAGGGUGAUAAUGUGAUUGGUGCUUCCAAUGGGGGUGGGGGGAUGAUGGAGGAAGAUAGUACGAGUACUGCAGUUGCUGCUCCUGCGAUCAAUACUGAGGUCUUCAGAUCGAAGCAAGAAGCCUCCACCAACGCCUCUACUUGCCCUGAACUUGCCUCUUCGAAGACAAAGGAAGAAGAAGCGGGCGCACCAGGAUCACUUGGCUAUCGAAGAGUCCAUCGGCGAACCCUCUCGCAAAUCUCCAAAUCCUCCGCAGCUGAAAGACUUUCGACCAUCACCAAAGCGCUUGAUUUCGCCAACAACUCGAAAGUUCAGGGCGAGAUUACCGCUGAAAAUCUCUCGGAUGGAAAACUGGAAGCGCUUAACGACGUACUUGGUUUCCAACCGUACAUCUUUCAUAAGCCUCACACACCUGUUCCUAUGGCACUUGUGAAUCGUCGACCACACGGCACCCCGGGGCAUUCGGAUAUACGGAACCCGCAGGAUGCGGCUUGGUUGGCUGGAUUCAGAUAUGCGAAGAAACACAUCUUUAUUCAGAGCCCCACGCUGAAUGCUUCUCCGAUCAAAGCUGCGGUUCUAGCUGCCGUGCGGAGGCACGUAAAGGUGGAACUUUGGUUGGAUUUGGGAUUCAACGAUAAAUCCGAAUCCAUGCCGUUCCAGGGGGGGACGAAUGAACAAGUUGUUACCGCAUUCUACCGGCAAUUGCGACGGGAAGGGAAAGGAGAUGAGAAAUAUUUAGAAGUUUAUUGGUAUACAGGUAAAGACAUGACUAGACCCUUGAAUGCGGUGAGGAAACAGAGGAAUUGCCAUGUAAAGUUUGCUGCAUUCGACGGCCAAGUGGCAGUUCUGGGCUCAGGGAAUCAAGAUACACAAAGUUGGUUCCACAGCCAGGAGAUUAACGUUAUGGUGGAUAGUAAAGGGAUCGUGCAAGAAUGGAUGCAAGCACUGGAGAGAAACCAAAGCACAAAGUUGUAUGGUAUGGUCGAUCAACGAGAUGGCAUCUGGAGAGGUAGAGAUGGGAGUCAGUUGGUUGAUACAGGAAAGGAUGCAGCUGCCAAUGCCAAUGCCAAUGCCAAUGCCAAUGCGGGGAAGCAAACCACUCCCAGUCCCACUGCAGGGUUGAAUGGCGCUGAGAAAGCUACGCCAACCGUAAGCAGGACUCCUGCCGGUAAUCCGGUCAGGUAA